AGAGCUGGGCGGAAUAUCGAUGUUAUAUCGAUGUAUCGAUGUUUCAAUUUGAAAAUGAAACAUCGAUGUUCGUAAACCGAUGUUCGAUGUUUUCGCAAAUUUUGUACCAUCACUUAGUAAUUGCACGUGGAACGAAAGUGGCUUUUGGUGUUGGCAGGCAGUGAUUGAAAUGGAGCGGUUUGUAGAAAGUUCUAGUGGCAAAGUUUCAAAGACGAGCUCAAAGGAGGUGGAAGAAGAAAACCCAGCAAAAAGAACAAGGUACGGUCAGUCAGGUGUAUGGCAAUUGUUUAACAAAUCAAAGGAUGGCAGUUCAGCUAAAUGCAUUCAGUGUGGAAAAACAUAUAUAACAUGUGGCAAUACCACUAAUUUGGCUGGACACCUGAAACGGAUGCAUGCAGGAUUAACUGAAAAAGAGUCUUGA